AUGAUCAAGCAGGCUUACCCAGAUAAUGCUUUAGCAAGAAGUGGUGUGUUUCGGUGGCACAAGGCCUUUUCGGAGGGCCGGGAAGAGGUCGCCGAUGAAGACCAUGCUGGAGGACCUUCGACUUCGACAAACCCCGACAAUGUGACUCGUGUGCGCAAAGUUUUGAACUCAUACCGUCGACUGAGUAUUCGUUUAGUUGCCCAGAUGUUAAAUUUACCAAAAUCUGUGGUUCAUGACAUUGUGAUGGAGCAUUUGAAAAUGCGCAAGGUGUGCGCGAAGAUGGUCCCAAAAGUGCUCACUGACGACCAGAAAUUGCGGCGAGUGGAAGUGUGCCAAGAAAAUUUGAACAUGUGUGAAAGUGACCCCCAAUUUUUGAAUAACGUAAUCACAGGUGACGAUUCAUGGAUCUUUGAGUAUUAUCCCGAGACAAAGAGGCAAUCUUCCGAGUGGCACACGCCGGCGUCUCCUCGCCCAAAAAAGGGAAGAACGAGCAAAUCCAAAGUGAAAACGAUGCUCAUUGUCUUUUUUGACAUCAAAGGCAUCGUCCACCAUGAAUUUUUUCCUCCUGGACAAACCGUCAACGCCAAGUUUUACGUGGAAGUGCUCCAGAGAAUGAAAGGCGAGCAUUUUGAGACGACAGAGGGUAUCCAAGCAGCUUGCACCACGGCUCUCAAGGCUAUUCCGGAGAAUGCCUUCCGUGACGCCUUCAAUGCUUGGAAAUCGCGGUGGCAGCGCUGCAUCGACGCAGAAGGAGCCUACUUUGAAAGUUUUUAA